AUGCUAUUGGCAAUAUUUGUAAUAAGAUGGGCAAGGUGUGGAGAUAGUUGUGGCAAGGGAACAUUAAAGGGUGCAGAACAACAGAAUUCUUCUAAGUCUGCCACUUCCUUCUCCUUUAAUGUAGCUAACCCUAAUAGGGCUCAGUCAGACAAUAGUUUCGAAAUAUGGAAAGCAGGAGAACGUGAUAUUUGUUCUGCUGUUAACCUAUAUUCAAAAGGCAAUGAAAGGUUUGUAGUUUUGUGGAUUCUUAAUGGAGGGCUCACAAACUUGUAUUUUGAAAAGACAGGCGAGAAGUGGAAUAAGAUUGACCUGAUGAAAUUUACCGGAAAACUCAAUGGAGUAUGUUAUAGAGAUGGUGGAUCCCAAUCUACCCUGAAUGUCCCUACUCCUGAAUCACUUUCCUCUCAUAAUACUGAAGAGCAUAAAGAUACCUCUGAAUCUCUCCAGCAACCACAGACUUCUUCGCAGGGUCAAGUGAAGACAGGUGGAAAAACUCCUCAGAAAGCUUCUUCACAGAAAGUAGAUACUAAAUCAGCUAGACAGGAUAAUGGUAGUACUUCUACUGAAGAAUCCACCGCUCCUUUUCAAUCCGCGGGACAUCCUACUGGACAAUCUGGAAAGAAGAAAGGUUCUCAGUAG